AUUUCAACAUGAAAAACUCUUUUUCUUCAAGAUAGAGCCUCACCUUUAAUAGAACAUCUUACAUUAUUUCAUGACCAUACUAUUUUAAUCUUAAUUUUAAUUACAAUUUUAGUUAGACAAAUACUAUUAAGAAUAUUAUUAAAUAAACUCUCACACCGAUUUUUACUUGAAGGUCAAUUAAUUGAAACUAUUUGAACUAUUCUACCUGCUAUUAUUCUUAUUUUAAUUGCCUUACCCUCACUUCGAUUAUUAUACAUUCUAGACGAAAUUAAUAACCCUUCUAUUACUAUUAAAAUUAUCGGACAUCAAUGAUAUUGAUCAUAUGAAUAUUCUGAUUAUAAAAAUAUUGAAUUUGAUUCCUAUAUAAUUCCUACCAAAGAACUUAACUCUUUUAAUUUUCGUCUCCUAGAAGUAGAUAAUCGAACUCCUUUUCCUUAUAAAACUCAAAUUCGACUCUUAGUUACGUCUGCAGAUGUAAUUCAUUCUUGGACAGUACCAAGUAUAGGAAUUAAAAUUGAUAGAACCCCAGGACGCUUAAAUCAAGCCAAUUUAAUUGCUAAUCGUUCAAGAAUCUUUUUUGGCCAAUGUUCUGAAAUUUGCGGAGCAAACCAUAGAUUUAUACCUAUCAUUUUAGAAAGAAUUAAACCCAAUUUAUUUUUAAACUGAAUUAUUUCCAAAACUUAA